AUGAAGGUCGCCACUGCCCUCUCUGUUCUCGCCGUUGCCGGUUCUGCUCUGGCUUCUGCUUUGCCCUCCGCUGCCAACUCUGAGAAGCGGCAAAGCGAUUGCAUUGGUCCUCUCCUUUGCUGUGGUAGCCUUACUACUCCUCUCGAUCCACUUGUCGACCCCAUCCUCGAGCUUGUGGGUAUCGACGCAGCUGCAAUCGUUGGCUCCGUUGGUCUUCUCUGCCAUGCCUACGACGAUACUUGCACUUCCGAGCCCCAGUGCUGCACAGAAGCCAACCUCUUGGGAGGUACUCUCGGUCUUGGCUGCGGCCCUCUGGAGCACGGCCACUAA